CUUGCACGUCUUCAACUCAUUCGGCUAUAGCCAGUGGUGUAGCAGAAAGCUUGGAUUCAAGAGAAAAAUAUCGUGCUGGGGUUUGAUAAAUUUGUGUGCUAGAGUUUCUUUACUUCCUGCGGUACCAGAGCAUAGCUAGUUCGGGGAUCGUGCUGAUAUCGCUAGCCAGAAAGUAACCUGUGUUCAGGACAAGAAGUGGACCAGUUCUGAACACGAAGAGAUGGAAGAAGAACAUCGAGAAGAAAAUGACUCCAACCCAAAUUCUGCAACUGGGGAUGCCAAGGACGAUACCGAAAACGAGGAAAAAUCCCCCGACGAUGUGAUGAGUGAUGAAAAAGAAAAUGCCACAGCGGACUCUAAGGAAGUGGCGGGCAAAGAAGCGGAAGAGCAUGAGCAGCCGACAGCACAAGAGACGAACGAAAACCCGAAUAUUGAAGAAUUGGCAUCAGACUGUUCAAAUGCAGAACCUAGUGCAGCUCAGAGCGAGCCGGUCAUUAGCGAAGCAGUAAGCGAAAGAAUGGACGUAGAUGAUGCUGGGAAAGAAGAUGUUCCUGCUGAAGCAAAGGAGCCUUUGCACGAGGAAGCUUCGGCGGUAGCGGAGCGGCCAGUAAGCUGCAAACCAGACGAUAAAGAUGAUGGUGAAAGUGAAAAAUAUGACAGCGCGGUGGAAGAAAUGGAAACCGAUCAGCCAGGGGAUCAGGAUCAGAAUCCGACUGAAGAAUCGGAAUCGAAAAAACCAGUAGCUGCUAACACUACUUCCGUCGACGAUCCAAUGAAAGUGGAUGAAGAGCAUGAACAUCAGCAGCAAGUAGUGAAACCGCUAGACGAUGUAAGCAACACAUCGUCUCACUUGCAGGACAUAGAAGUUACGAAUGUGGAUGAAAGUGAUCACACGAGGGGCGACGAUAUGCCCGAAGGAGAUCGUUCAAUUGAUCCUUCUACAGCGGAAGAUCCGUUCGAUCAGCUUCGGCAUGCAUCAACUGAUGACAUCAGUCAUGGUGAUAAGGAUAACCAAAAUGAAACGGCAACAGAGAUGGAAGGAGUUGAUAAACAAGAACUACCAGAUGAACACCCUGAAGGUGGUGACAAUGAUACGGCGGAUAAGGGCAACGAUGAAGGUGAAAACGAUGACGAGCAUGGUGCGAAUGAGACACUGCAGAGUGCAGCGACAAGUAUUGCAGAAGAAAACACGGUUGACGAAUCGGCAAAAGAUACAGUGGGAGAGGAGCAAACGGUGGAAGAUGAAUCGAACGCGAUCGUAGAGGAAGAAAGAGGAGGUGAGAAUGAAAACAUUUGUUUAUUGCCUGACGACGAGAGGGCGAUAUCCGAUGAAGAUAAUCAACGUGCCAUGGAGCAAGAGGAGGCUGCCGCAGAGCAGCAGUCCUUGGCAGCUGAACGUGACGAGGCCGAGGCAGAGGCUGCAGUCCGAGCAGAAGGUUCUGCAGCGAGGGGUGCAGAGCACGAAGGUGAAGUGGAAGAAGGACCUGACGGGUUUACUCCACCGGCAGAACGGGAAGCUGCAGAAGGGCAGGAUCCUCAGCCUGCGACGGUGGAGCAGGCGGAGGAGAUGGAGGUGGAUCUAACUUCUACCUCAACAGAAGAACUUCCCACUAGAGACAAUCAAAUUCGAGAGCUUGCAACAAUAUUGGAAUCGGAGACAUGUAUGCAGUGCAAAAAGGAUCCGACGCCCUGUCUGUACAUGCUGACAUGCGAUGCAGCGAGUGAGGAAACUGCCCAGAAGUACAUUUGUUCGUUCGAUUGUGUUCAGCGUCUUCGCACGGAUCAGCCGGGUAAGUUUGAGCUGAUACAGCGUCGGGUGACAAUUGUGCCCAUUCUGGAACGUCAGGAAACGUGCGCCCGAUGUGGCGAGCAGCAAUUGUGCAAGUACCGCUACAAGCUGGACGAUGCUACGUACACUUACCUUUGUGAUCUGAAAUGCGUCGAACAUUUGACGGCGAUCAAUAGUGAGAAGUACAGUUUGAUGCGGAAACGGUACAACAUCGAGGAAAAAUCGCUGGCACAGGAGGAAGACAAACGUUGCGUACAGUGUGGUGACACGAAACCAUGUCAGUUUGGAUUCAAGCAGGACGAGGACGAGAUGCACGUUUGCAGCGAUUGUGUUAACCUCUUGAUGACGGAACAUCCGGACCUAUUCCGAUUGCAUCGUCGCCGGUCGGUACGGGUACGCAAUCUCGUCAAAGAAAGUGCUAUUGGUAGCGGCAGUGCUGGAAGCGGUGCGAAUGCUUCGUCUGAAGUGGUGAAAUUUACUGCUCGCACCGAAGAAGAAGCCGAAGCAGCCCGUAUUGAGCGCGAGGCAUCGUUCCUGCGUACCUGUCACGAAUGCCACAAGACGCUACAGAUUCUUUCGAGCAGGUGGUUGCAAUGGGAAACGAUGGAAUUUUGUGAUGAGAAAUGUCUCGGAGCCUACCAAACAUCGAACGGAUCACACUGCGUCCAGUGCCGACAGGUAGUGUCUGUGAAUAGUAUGGGCAAGUUUUGCGUACGGUUUGGAUUCAGCAUUUGCCAGUUCUGCAGCGCAAGAUGUUUGGAAGAGUAUAAAAAGGUUCUCAAAUCCUGCUCGUACUGUCAGCAAAGCAUUACCAAGCACAACAAGGGCUAUGAGUUUCGGGUGGCUCGUGCCGGCGAACCAGGUGUAUUGAAGGAUUUCUGCAGCACCCUAUGCCACAAGAUGUACCAGGCUUGCUUGAAUCCGACCCUGAAACACAAGCGCCACGUGUGCGCUGUAUGCAACCACGAAAAGAUGACUAAGGUUAUCGUCCACCUGGAAGGGCGGGAGCACUACUUCUGCAGCACACCGUGCUUCUCUGCUUUUAAAUUUGUGAACAACGUUAACCCCGAUGAGUGCGCAAUGUGCAAGGAUUUCUUUGAACGAAAGUCGUCCGCAGCCUACACCAUCUACAGACAGGGUGAAGCGUCUCAUCUGGAUCCGUUGGCGUUCUGUACUAAGAUGUGCUUGAAUCUGUAUAUUUCAACAAAUCGCGAGAUAGUGCCCUGCAAUUGGUGUAAGGUGAAAAAGUAUACUUUUGACAUGAUCUUACGCCCCUCUACGAUGGAACGACAUUGUUCGCUGCACUGUUUAACCCUCUGCGAGGUGUCCACAAGCGUGAAGCUGACCCCGUGCGAUCACUGUCGCCUAGUCAGAACGGCUCAAUACGAGCUAAAUAUGACUGAUUCGAGUUUGCGUAUAUUUUGCACGUACCAAUGUCUCAUGAAAUUCCAGAGCCAGUUUAACAAAUCGCAACCCAUCGAUCCUUCAAUUCCUGUUCCCAUGGGAAUUCCGAAGAGAAUUCCUAGAGCGACAACUACGGCAACGAUUUCACACUCCAACACUGCAGCUCAAGUCAGUGCAACAAAAAUGGCUCUAACCAGUGCCCGAACUACAGCCGAUACCACAUCAACGCCAAACAUUACGACCCCUACACCGCGGCCCAGAGGACGUCCACCGAAAUCUGCAGCAACGCAAGCGAGCUCGACGAAUAGCGGCAAAAAUGGCAAUGUUGGUUCCGCCGGAUCAAACCUUCCCGUAAUCACCUCAGUGCACUCGCUGGCUGGCGCUAUGAACAAUCGAGGCACACGUUCAAAAGGUGGUCAGAUGAAUUUGAAUCAAAAAAAUUGGCCAGAGCUGCGCGUAGCUCUAGAGCCACUCACGAAUAUUCCUCCUUCGGGAAGGGUGGCGCUCAGCAGUAUUCUGCCCAAUAUCAAUGCACGAACGGAAAUAUCCUUGUCAUCAGCUUCACCAACUGUAGGUUCAAGCAGCAAAAAUGCCUCCGUCACUACAUCAGCACAAACAUCCACUUUCACGCCACCGCCCGAAACGGAUUCUUUGCCAGCUUCUGAUCCUGAACCUACAGUAGCUGCUCCUCCGCCCGCACCGACCACGGUGACGGUAACGAAAGUCGAAACGCACACCCAGAUCGUAACGAUUCCGCCAACUCCAACGCAAGUGGCGAAUGCUUCCACCAUGUGUAAGCCAAUACAGCUGACCAAGAGCGUUUCCUGUCGACCGAUUCAGUGUAACGUUGGUUGUCAAACAGAUGACUGGCUGCAGCGUAAGCUCGUGAUCCCGAUACCGGUGCCGAUUUAUGUGCCUGUACCGAUGUUCAUGUACUCUAUGCCGACGCCUGUUCCAGUUCCGAUUCCGCUGCCAAUACCUGUUCCGGUGUUUGUACCGACAACCCGAAACUCGGCUAAUGGCAUUAUGAAGGAGAUCAAGAAGAUUCAAGACAAAAUGCCCACCGAUCCUUAUGAGGCGGAACUGCUCAUGAUGGCCGAAAUGGUGGCGGGAGAUAAGAAGAAAGACGAUAGUGAUUCCGAUUCCGACGACGGUGGCGUUGUCGGUGAUGAUCAGUACACAACAACGGAAGCGGUAGUUGCAAGCGAUGGCAUGGAGCAUAACACUUCAUUUAGUGAGGAUCUUGUGCAGAUGGCUCUGAAAAUGGCUUCGAACGAUUUUACGGAAUCUCAGGUCGACUUGGAGUCGGCUAUGCAGGCCAAUACGAUCACUCAGCAGCAGCAACAGCACCACGGGUAUGAAGAUUUACAACAGCAUCACCACCAACAGCAACAGCUACUAUUGCUGGAACAGCAAAGACAGGUCGCCACGCCUGUUGUGCAGCGAGGUCGCAAGCGCGGCUCGAAUGUAUCACAGCGCGCCGGCACUGUGGUAAAUAACAACACGCAACAGUUAAGCUUAACCCCUACAUCUAAGCGCAUCAAGCGAGAACAGCUGAAUGAACCAUCGCCCGAACCGGUGAAUCGGGUGGUAGAGCCGGUAGAGAAACCCGACGCCAACAUGUGUCUCAAGUACACGUUCGGAGUAAACGCCUGGAAGCAAUGGGUAGUGACAAAGAAUGCCGACCUGGAGAAAAGCUCUAUCCGUCGGAAACCGUUCAAAUCGGACAUCCUGCAGCUGACCGCAGACGAACUUAAUUACUCGCUAUGCUUGUUCGUAAAUGAAGUGAGGAAACCGAACGGCACCGAGUACGCUCCGGAUACGAUUUACUAUCUCGUGCUUGGAAUUCAACAAUAUUUGUUCCAGAACAGAAGGGUUGAAAACAUUUUCACCGAUCCAUACUAUGAGCGGUUCACCGAUUGUUUGGAUGAGGUUGCCAAAAAAUUUUCCAUGCUUUAUAACGACUCUCAGUUUAUUGUAACGCGCGUGGAGGAAGAGCAUCUAUGGGAGUGCAAACAGCUUGGAGCACAUUCGCCGCAUGUAUUGCUUAGCACGCUAAUGUUUUUCAAUACGAAGCAUUUCAAUUUGGUCUCCGUGGAAGAACACAUGGAACUUAGCUUUUCGCAUAUCAUGAAGCACUGGAAAAGGACACCCCAACAAGGGACGAAAUCGACGGCGACAAGGAAUGUUUUGCUUCGCUUUUAUCCGCCGCAGUCGUCGCUUGCAAACAAUACGCGAAAGAAAAAGGUCUAUGAACAGCAAGAAAAUGAAGAAAAUCCGCUGAGGUGUCCAGUGAAACUAUAUGAAUUUUAUCUAUCUAAAUGCCCCGAGAGCGUAAAAACACGCAAUGACGUAUUCUAUCUGCAACCGGAACGAUCCUGCGUUCCAGACUCUCCGGUGUGGUACUCUACGCAACCGCUAAGUAAAGAGGCGCUCACAAAAAUGCUGCAUAGAGUAAAGAUGGUGAAAGAAAUCAACAUUGCUUUGCUCACCAGCUAAUGAAACGAAGGCUGCACGAUAAAGCAGCAGCAGCAGCAGCAGCAGCAGAAGCAGCAAUCCCUUUCAGAUGGAACUGAUGCUGAGGGUGUUACUGGUCGAUAUUUAAAUUCUUUGAGUUUAACAUCCAGCUGUGUACAUGGUUCAUUGUCUCCAGAUACUUCCGGAACAUAUGACAGAUCAUUAGUGAACAACAGAACAUUGGUUAACAUUGUUCCUAGCAACACAAGCAUAUUUCCUCCACCACCUCCUGACUACAAUUGCUAUUACAAUGUUCGUGAAAGACAUUAAUCCCUUCACAGUUUUACCCAUGUCUUACUCGGGCGCGCAAAGUGCUUUCGGUACACUGUUGUUUUGCCCGAGUGAGACUCGGGCAGAUUUUGCAUCGUCCGUUUUUGUUUUCUGUUUUUCACUGCGCUAUAUUUGUUUGGAACGAAGGUGUGUUGAAAACAUGUUAGUACAUGUGUUGGUAUGUAAAAUAUACCAGUCGAUACAAUUUAACCCUUUUUUAUGCAUGUUCUUUCCGUUUGCCUCGCGAUAGAGGACUACUUUAUUUCUACUGAAAACUAGUAUAGAUGCUUGCUUUUAAAUCAUCAUUUAGUGUCUAAAAUUAUUUCUUUAAAAUCAUAAUUUUCCCAGCACGUUUAAACCAUAAACUGUACAGAAAUAAGAACAAAUGAUGUGACAAAUGGCGAGACAGUACUGUGAAGGGGCUAAUAAGGAGGUUACUAGUUUAUGAUGCGUAUGAAUCUGUGCCAAGCACGGGUGCUAUUCACGGUAAACGGCAAGCACAGCUCACACGGAGUUUGUCAUUUCAGUAAUGUAGGGUUAUCGUUUUGUUGUGUGCCGUUGCCUUCUUGCACCAGAUAAGAUUGGCCAGCACAUAUUAGGUACGUAAUAGCGAAGAGUUUGUUGAACACGUCUAUUUUUCUUGAGUUUUUCCUUGUGUGUAAGCAAGCGUGAAGUCCAUCUAGUUUUUAAACAGAGACUCUAUUACAGUUAGAACAUAUUACGGUCGACUGUUUGUACAUAAGUGUACAAUCGAAACGCAAAACAGCCAAGCCGCUUGAAAUUCUGGAUGAAGGUGUAGAGCAUCAAGUGCAUUCGAGGGUGUUGAUUUUACUUAGGAAUCGUAGGAAACAUUAGAUGCCACAUAAUUACAAACACUUACGAACAUGCAAAGGCUAAGGUAUGAUAAAAUAAGAACAAUAUUCAUUUCGUAAUCAAUCA